UAGUUUCACUUUUUUAUUUUAAACAUUUGCGUUUACUGGGUAAAAAUAAACUCCCCCACAUUUAAACCUCCCGGUGCGCAGGCAUAUUUAUUCCCCUUCCGGGAUUCUCACUUCCGGUGUCGAGACGCAACUUGGAGUCAGAAAACGCAAGUCGGGAGUAUCGACGUCUCAUGGUUCCGCCAGUGGAAAUGGCCUCGUCUGGUCCCCGAGCUAUAAAUGCCAAAUGAGCUGCAAUUUUUGUCGGAGUCGAGGCUGAGAGAUGAUAGCUAGCUGCCCCGGGGAGUAUCGGGAGGUUGUGUGAACAAUUCGAGGGGUGACCGGGCAGAAAAAACAAAGAAAAAAAACAAUGCCACAUUUCUUGUGGCCAGAGUCGCUGUCACCCGCACAACUCAAGCGGUUGGAGGAGCACAAAUACAGCGCCUCUGGUCGGUCCCUGCUCGAGCCGCCGUGCCAGAUCUACUGGAACUGGCUCGUGCGGCAGAUCCCGACAUGGGUCGCGCCGAACACCCUGACCAUCGUGGGGCUGCUGGUCAACGUCCUCUCCACGGUGGUGCUCAUGUAUUAUUGUCCCACGGCGACAGAGGAGGCUCCAGCAUGGGCCUUCAUCAUGAGCGCCCUGGGCCUCUUCAUCUACCAGUCUCUGGACGCCAUUGACGGGAAGCAGGCCCGGAGGACCAACAGCAGCUCGGCCCUGGGGGAGCUCUUCGACCACGGCUGCGACGCCGUCUCCACAGUCUUUGUUGCCGUGGGAACGUGUAUUUCCUGUGGCAUCGGAAGAUACCCGGACUGGAUCUUCUUCUGCGGGUUCAUCGGGAUGUUCAUCUUCUUCUGCGCCCACUGGCAGACCUACGUGUCCGGGACCCUCCGCUUCGGCCUGAUUGACGUCACGGAGGUGCAGAUCGCUAUCACCGUCAUGUAUUUGAUGUCGGCUUUCGGAGGCGUGGGCCUGUGGCAAACGACGCUGCCCGUCAUCGGAGUGAAGAUGUACGUCUUCCCGAUCAUCGGCAUCACUGGCGGGGGCUUCUACUCCUGCUACAACUACUUCCACGUCAUUUUGAACGGCGGCAUCGGCAAAAACGGCUCCACCGUGGCUGACACCAGCGUGCUGAGUCCUGGUCUGCACAUCGGCCUCAUCCUCACCCUGGCCUUCAUCAUCUUCAAGAAGUCGUCCAGCGAGCUGUUUGAGCUCCACCCGUGUUUGUACCUGCUGGCCUUCGGCUUGGUCUGCGCCAAGAUCUCCAACAAGCUGGUGAUUGCACACAUGACCAGGAGUGAGUUGCACCUCCCGGACACGGCCUUCGUCGGCCCCGGCCUCCUCUUCCUCAACCAGUACUUCAACAGCUUCAUCGAUGAGCAUAUAGUCCUCUGGAUCGCCACGGUCUUCUCUCUUCUGGAUCUGGCGCGCUACUGUACCGGCGUGUGCCUCCAGAUCGCCUCCCACCUGCGCAUCCAAGUCUUCAGCAUCACGCCGCCGAGCCAGUCCCGCUGCGACUGACGACUUGCCCGGCGGGAGGAGGCGGGGGGAGGCGCAGAUCUCUCCCCGCUCCUGAAAGCAGACGACGAGGACGACGACGAGGAAGAGGAGGAGAGACCCUCCUCGACCCCGAGCCACUGCAGCCUUGACAAAGUGAACACUUCUGAUUAAAGUUGCCUCUCCUGAGAGGUGGAACAAAAAAAAUAACCAACUAAACACUACAAACCAAAAAAAAAAAUCACAAAAAUAUACAUGUUUGUGUGUAUAUAUAAGUUUUGAAAAGCAUGGAUCUAUUGGAAAUGGAAAUGACGUGGAACCAGAAUUUCCCUUGAGUUCUUCAUUGGCUGUUGGAGCAAUACGUUUUAAUUUAGACAUCAUCGCACGUCGUCAGAAAAUCAAAGUUUAGAUUUUUACAUCUACUUCCUGCUUAUUCAAGUUAAAUACCAAAAUAUUUUUUCUUUAAGGGGUACUUUAUAGUUUGGGCAGAUAUUAAAACAUUUUUUAUCUGCUUUAAAUUGACGCGUGUUUAUUUAUGUGGGCUCGUCAUAUAUUUAAUGCUUAAAUAUAUGACGAGCAUAAGGUAAAUCUCCUGAUAUACGCCCAAACUAAAUGGAUCACCCGUUGAAAAGUUUUCUUAAUUAUUGUUUUCUUAUUCGUUAAAUUAAUGCGACUCAAUCUGGCAAGAAUCGGGGCUAAAAAACGCAAAUUUUUUUUUUUUUAUGACCUUUAAAACCUCGAAUAAUUUCCAAUGAAGUGUGCAAUGUGCACGGGUGGGUUGUCGACGCGUCGGGGCAACGGUCUGCGCUAGAGCUGAAAACAACGACGGUAACGCUCUAUCACUUUAAAAAAACACCUAAUACUAUUUUUAUUCUCCGUCACUCAUCUCAUCCUACGAUACUGGAAAAAUGGAGAAUAAAAACACCUCACUUCCUGUUUUUUGUGUUUGUUUUUAGAGCGCCGUCGACUGAUGAAGCAUUAACGCACGACUUGUUCUGCUUUCUGUUCUUCUCCCUGAAGGGCUACUCGUUAGUUAAUUAUAUGUGAUUGUACAGAAUUCAACUGAAAGCGCCUUAAAUAUUUGUGUUGUAAUUACUGUUUAACUUGUGAAUAUUUAAAACUGCUUUGUACAUUUUUUUUUUCUCCACCGAAGUAUCAAAACCAGAUGCAGCAAUAGUAAUAAUACGACGCUACUGGCACAGUUCACUCAUAAGAGGUUCUUUACUUUUAUGAGUGUGUAUAGGUGACUAAUUCAUUUGGCUCUUGGAAGAUUUCUUUUUGAUUUAAAAAUAUCAUUGAAUUGUAUGGUUUACUCAUAAUUCAGGUUCAUUUGGUUCAAAAGGGAUAUUUGUCGUGCCGGUAAACUAUACAUAAGAGGAAAAGACAAUUAUACUCUUUGAAUUUUAUUUGGAACAUUUUUCUCAGAUUCGGCAGGAUUAUGGACAACAGAGAGGCGUCAUGUCUUUUUAAAAAGAUGCUAAAUUUGCGAUGGACUUUGGAACUAUGCAUUGAAGUGUACAACUUUUAUUUCAACACAUUGUUGCACUGUUCAAUAACACAGUAAAACACCUUUCUAACAAAUAAUGUAUGAGUGGAAAAGAUUGUAAUAAAGAAAAUAUUUUUCA